UUUGUUAUUCUUUAUUCAGAUGAUUAACCAGUAAAGACAUGGUACCAUUUUUUGGCAGCUACAAUUGGGUUUUUAUUGGGUGUUCUGAUAUGGGUUUGCUCCGUUUGUCUUUGUUCGUAUGUGAAAUUUUGUAUUGUAUUUGGGUUUCUGAUGACAAAACGGGAAAAGGGGAACAGAAUCUAGUCCUUAGUCGAUAUUGUUAAUUUAUUCUUUUCCACCAAAUAAAGUCGGAAUGGAUUGAUCGUUAUGAGCUAGUUCUGUUAAUUGAUUUGUUUGUAAUGUUUACUUGCAGAUUGGCCUAUGAAGAUAUGAAUUUUUCGUUUGUUUGAAUUUUUUUGUUUGGUUUUUGUCUUGAUUGUUAUUUGAUGGUUGAUGUUUUUAUGCAAUAUAUGUGGGUUUCUUGGUUUUCUGUCGAAUAAGUUGGUUAUAGGAUGAUUUUGGAGAAGCCAAUUUUAUUUGCUUUGGUUAAGGAGUAAAUUGGUGGGAACCUUUUUCCGUUUAUAAUCAAGAGCUUUUGAUGCCAUAUUUUGCGGAAAGUUUGUCCUUUGACCAUCCUUUUUUUUUUUCAAUUUUUUUUUUCUUUUCGUUUUUAUUCCUGUCCUUUACUGGUUUCGUCAUUCUAUUGAACAGUAUUUGUGGUAUGCUGAUUCUUAUAUGACUUGCUUUUGUAUUUGAGUGUCUAUAAUCAUAUGAUCAUUAAUCAUAAUGGUGGUAUUCUGUAAUAAGCCACUUUUGUUUGUGUAUUAUGUGAUAUUUGACUGCAACUCUCUUUUUCCAGAAACUGCAUGUAUCUAUUUGUAUGAGGAAAUUGAAGGUUGCUGUAUGAUUUCCAUAUCCGUGUUUUCUACAGGAAUUUCUUGUGUUUAAGCUCUUCAAUUAGUUUGGAGGAGCUCUUGCGUUUUGUAUGAAUAAGGGUAGAUAGUAAAGUAAGAUGGAUGAGUUUUCUGGUAAGAGACACAGAGUUGGGGUGGUUGUCCCCAGAAAAGGAUCUAGACUUGUUUCCAGGGAUACCAUUGAUAAAAGAGAUCAAAAUGCUGAAUUUUGCAAUCGUCUUGGAUGCAAUGGAAGACUUAAAUAUGGAAAGAGUAAUCAAAGUGAUUGUGCUGACAAAUCCAAAAAUAUAAGGCCUUCCUGUCAUUCUUCAAAUGGCAAGCAGACUACUAGGAGCUCCCCAGAGACUUGUUUUCCAAUUAAUAAUGGAAGAAAAUCACGACGUGAUUCUGAUUCUUUUAGGAAAUCUUUGUCUAACUUAGACAAUGAUUCUGCAGAAUCUUGUGGUGUUCGGUGUGAGCCAGAUGUUACAGAACACAUCCCUUUAGUAAAUAGGAAUAACACGGUACUUCAGCCUGAUUUACAAGAUUCAAGUGCUGGUAAAGUCACACUGACAGAAGUAGGGAGUUCAAGCACAGGAUCAAGUAAGAAAUCUCAUAUAGUAUUUCGUCACAAGCCUCCGUCUGGCUGUCAAAAUCCUCUUCCUGGUCCCUCUGUUACAUCUGUUAUUUCUACAUCAAAUAGCAUGGCUUCAGGGUCUAGGAACUACAAUGGGAGUCGGUAUGGUUUAAGAAAUUUAAGAUGCAACUCAAUAUCUGAUGUUAUCCCACGAGGUGGUUCAGCCUCAGAAUCUAAGGUUAAGAGGGAUGUUUUAAGAAAAAGAAGUCCUGAAGCACAAAGUAGUACAUCUUCUUCAGGAAGAAGAGGUAGCAUGGCUCGUUCUGAAGAUGGACAUGUCUCCGCCUUCAAUACAGGAAUCUCUGUCACUGGCUCAAGACAUGGUAGAAGCUGGGUUUCAAAUAGUGAUUCUCACACUGCACCUCUGAGGACUCGGAAGGCAUUGAACUCAAAUACUAGGAUUGGGCUUUCAAAUCUUGACAACAGAAAUGCUUUAUUAACCAGUGAAUCCAGUAGCGGUAUUGCACAAUUAUCUAGACCUGAAACUCCUAAUAGUGCUAAUUUACAUAGUUUAUCUUAUCAAUCUUCCAUGGAAGGUUCUUCAAAUGCUUCAAGCUCCUGUAGACUAUCUGCGAGAACUGGUAUAAUGUCCUUGACGCCCACAGAACAUGGUAUUACUCAUGCUUUGCGGCGACAUAACCUGAAUGGAGUUGCUGAGGUACUACUAGCUCUUGAGAGAAUUGGACAAGAUGAAGAGUAUGAGCACUUACUUGCUUUGGAGAACGAUUUAUUUCUUGGCCACCUUAACUUCUACGACCAGCACAGAGAUAUGAGAUUAGACAUUGAUAACAUGUCGUACGAGGAAUUACUUGCUUUAGAGGAGAGGAUGGGUACUGUGAGCACAGCAUUCUCAGAAGAGGCAUUUGCUAAAUGCAUCACGAAAAGCAUAUACCAGACUGCUACGGCAGAUGUUGGGGCUGCUGGAUGUAGUGAGGAUGAAGCUGAUAUUAGAUGCAGUAUUUGCCAGGAAGAGUAUGUAGCAGGCGAUGAAAUUGGGAAGCUGGGAUGUGAACAUGGUUAUCACUUGGUAUGUAUACACCAGUGGUUACGGUUGAAGAAUUGGUGUCCCAUUUGCAAGGCUUCAGCUGCACCAUCCCAGUCUUCGUUGUCGUCCUAAGCUCAACUGCCAAGCUAUACAAGGACACUAAAUAACAUACCCAUGUACAAAUUACAGAGUCUGGUCAUGCUUUUGCACCGCCUUCCUUUUCUCAUUGUAAAUAGUUUCUUAGCUACAUUCAGUUUAGUAAGCAAUAACUGAUUUCUAAGUGGAAAUUUAGAUGGCAGGGUAAAAGAUAGGAUAGGAGAGUUAAGAUGUUGGUGCUCCUUGGAAAAUUGUUUACAUCUAAAAUAAUGUAACAUUUGUAUCUUUCUAAAACUCUGUAAAGUAAAACGUGAUUUCUGUUCCACUGAACAAAUUUUACACGUUCGAAAGUUUUCAAGGCA